AUGAUAUCUAUAAAUACUCUUAUCCUACAUUUUGUCUUAUGUGCGUUUAUAUCAACAGAUGCAGGCUUGUCGAAGAUGGAGUCUUGUGAUGUGGAAAUUUAUGCCGAAUUAUUACCAGUGCAACACUGUCUAACGGCGCCUAUGUAUAUCGAAACAACACGUUGUGAUGGUCAAUGUUAUUCGGAAGAAUUGUUAACUGAUGAUUUGGAUGCAGAGUCUACGGCACAACAACAUCAUCGUCUAGUAAACUGUUGUUCGCCGAAUGUAACCAUUCACCGCCAGAUUUUAGUUACAUGCGAUGAUCAACAACAACGAAUCAUCCAAUACCCUCAGAUCACUCGAUGUGAGUGCAAAUCCUGUCGUGGAAAUUGCUAG